UGGUUUAUUCCUGAUUUAGAGUUGCGAAACGACACUCACAGGUCUCUAAAAGGAUAAGCUGAACAAGAUGAGACAAAUCAUCUUGGUUGCCUUGGUUCUGGUGGCCAUCCUGGUUUUAGCUGAUGCAGGAAAUAAAAAAGGCAAGGGAAAAGGCAAAGAACCCCUGACCUGCUCAGAAGAUUCCGACUGUACUGGGGAGAACCCUGAUUUCAUUUGUAAAAAUGGCUUUUGCAAGCCUAAAGGAAAAUGGAAGCCAGGAAAAGGCAAAGGGAAAGGUCAAGGCAAAGGACCUGAACCCCUGACCUGCUCAGAAGAUUCCGACUGUACUGAAGAGAACCCUGACUUCACAUGUAAAAAUGGUCGCUGCAAGCUCGAAGGAAAAGAUAAACCAGGAAAAAAAACUGACGCCAAGCCUAAAGGAAAAUGGAAGCCAGGAAAAGGCAAAGGGAAAGAACCCCUGACCUGCUCAGAAGAUUCCGACUGUACUGAAGAGAACCCUAACUUCACAUGUCAGAGCGGCCUCUGCAAGUCCAAAGGAAAAUGGAAACCAGGAAAGGGCAAAGUGAAAGGUCAGGGUAAACCUAGCGACAAGCCUAAAGGAAAAGGGAAACCAGGAAAAGGCAAGGAGAAAGGUAAAGGUAAACCUAGCGUUAAGCCUAAAGGAAAAAAGAAACCAGGAAAAGGCAAAUGGAAAGGUCAAGGUCAGGGCAAACCUGACAAAGCGACUGUGGCUUAA